AACCAUGUUCCCCAACAAGUAAAUCAGCGUGCUGCAUCCAUGGAUCGCCCUAUACUGACGGGAUCGGAAAGCAGUUGUUUUGUGGCCGUGGACCCAAUUCAAGGAGAUGUCCAAAGGGCUACUCCUGCUUCACAAACGCGGUGGACUUGUGGGCAGUAUGUUGUUCUGCCAAGAAAGUAACACCAGAACCAUGUUCCCCAACAAGUAAAACAGCGUGCUGCAUCGAUGGAUCGCCCUAUACUGACGGGAACGGAAAGCAGUUGUUUUGUGGCCGUGGCCCCAAUUCAAGGAGAUGCCCAAAGGACUACUCCUGCUUUACAAACGCGGUAGACUUGUGGGCAGUAUGUUGUUCUGCCAAGAAAGUAACACCAGGUACUCUUUAACGUUACAAUAUAAAAUCA